ACCCUUUUUGGUUCCUUCUGGUGGCUCUCUGGGUUGUUUUCUUUGGUCAACGUAGCAGCCCAAUGCACAAUUAAUCAAUACACCGUUCAAACAUGAUUAUAUACCCUUCCAUAACUUUAUCAUCCCCAAGCAUACUAUAACAAUAAUAAAUAAUUGAUCUAUAAUGUUUAGCUUGACAAGGCUUGUCCUUGUUAAGAAUACCGCAGGACAUCCCUAGGGCACGCACCAAGCAGUUUAUAUUUUUGAAACUCCGUCUUAGGCUGCAGACUAAGAGUGCGCUUGAAAUUUACAUGCAGUCCGACUGGAGUCAACUGGCACGGCCAGCAACACGAUAUGUCAUUUUUAAAUCGGGUGUUAAAUAAAGCAUGAUUUAUUCCUGUUUUCUUUCUUUUUUGCUUCCACUUUAUGUCACUUAUUAGUUGUAUACAAGAUCAAGGUCCUUAUUAUAGAAAGCUUUCAAAGGACCUAGAAAGUGAAAAUAGGGUUAUCAGAGAAUUGACAAUAGCAAGAACAGAGCGUGACAGACUUGCUCGAGAGGUUGACAUUAAACAAGACCAAGUCAUUAAACUCGAGAAACAGUCUAAGAAAGAGUUUGAAAGCGUCCGAAAGCUUCGACAUUUAUCUUUCAGAUCAGCAGCAGCAACUUUAUCCGGCAAAAAGAAAGAGCUAACAGCAAAAGAAGAGGCCGGAUACCAAUAUGCUUUUGAAAAUGAACAACGUGCAAAGCGAGAAUUAGAGGGACUACAAGCACAAUAUAACAGUGUUAUCAUAAAAGAAAGAGAACUUGAGCAACAGAAAGCUCACUUUAGUGAAUCAAGGGCUCAGUACAACGCAUUAUUAGAGCAGAUAUUUGAAUCUGAAGAUCCAGGAUUCCCUGUGGAAGUGCAGUUAAGGAAGGAUUUGAAGAGUUAUUAUGAACAAAAAGGACUGGCAAGUAGAGACAAACAGAGGUUCAUGAAUGCUGGUGAUUCACUUGAAAAGACCAGCAUUGGCAUUAGAAAGGUGAUACAGUUGCUAGACAGAGUAGUUAAUUUUGUGCCAUUCGAUAUAUUCGGUGGCUCACUUAUUGACGAAGAGCAAAUUGUUGGCAUAGAAGCUGCCAAGAAAAAGAUAUGGGAAAUACAGGGACAUUUGAACGCAGCACGAACCUAUUUACCAGAGAUACCUUAUCCACAUACACUGGACAUAGUUACCAAUAAUCCGAUGAUGAAUAUGCCUCUUAACUGGAACUAUGUAGAUAUGACAUGGAAAGUCAAAACUACACAAUGUAUUGCGAUAUUGGCUGCAGCCACUCAAAAUGUAAAAAGCUCGAUGAACUGGAUAGAGCAAUAUAAAACUUAUGCUGAAGGUGCAAUCGAAAGGUUGAAGGCUGCAAUUGAGAACACCAAGUUCUCUCUUGAAGAAGAACGACGCAGAAUAAUAGAGGCCGUGUUAUCAGGGCAAUUGAAUGGCCUAAAUUCCUCUGGUGGUAACUCAUCCUCUGAUCCCUCUCCUCCUCCUCCUGUUUAUGAAGCACCACCUCCAGCAAGAAACUCGUUGGAUCAAAAUGGCAACCAAAGUAAUGCAUUACCGACGAUCCCCUCAAACAUAUCACUACCCUCACCAGCGAUCGAGUCCACAACACCUUUAUAUAGUCCAUUAAAUGAAACUACCAUGAGCCCAAGAAUGCCACAAGUAUCAUCAUCGGAAUCCUCAAACUAUUUACAAGCACUGAGCCCUUCUCCUGCCAGAACCAAUCCUUUCCGAGACAAUAUUUUAGCACCAACAAGCAUACAACAGCAUCAAGUGACGGGUAAUACCAAGUACAAUCCAAAUAAUCCCUUCAACUCAUAAAAAAUGAGCUUUCAAAAACACUAAAUAACGAUAGCCUAGUGUUUACAAAUGAGAAAGCAAGGUAUUUAUGGACUUGUUCUAAAUAAAACUCUUUUUUUUUUUAAUAUCUCAUAUUUAUUGAAU